CCGCACGUAUUAUCGACGAGGUGAUAAGACGGCUGAUUUCCGUGAGAAUUAUCGUCGACGAUACGCGGUGACCACUCGCGAAGUUGCGGAUACUCGCGGUCGAGACGCAAAGCAACUCGGGGGGGACGUCAACCUCAGUGUUGUAUUUUGUUCCUCAAGUUUUCGCAGUGAGGAGCCGCUUGGCUCGGGAACAGAGCCGUUCGGCGGGAGUGAUAUUGCAUGUUUUUUUUUUUUUUUGUCUCGCGACGAAUUUCUCGGAGCGGUUAGCGUAUCCGCUAAGAACCGUUGAUUUUUAAAACGCAAAAAAAUUCGCGUCCGCAUCUCCGCGUUUUUUCUAUAUAGACAACGGAAACGGAUAUAUAGCGCGAGGGGAUAUAGCGCGUGCAAAGCGGCGGACUGUUCAAUCUGAAGAGGACGCCAUUCGCAUUGGCGGGCACGUGCGUCCUGUUUCUUUGUACAUACCGGCGUAUGCGAAUUCUCUCCGAGAGAAUUGAAAAAAAAAAAAAUUCGUUCUCUUCCUGCGAGGCUCGGCUCACUCAUGAACAAUAUAGAGUCAAAAAUGGAGUCUAUGGAUAUAGCAACAGACACCGAAUCCAACGCCGUGAACAAAGCCGUUAACACAUCAUCCUGCAGUUCGUGUAGAGGGACUGUAUCAGUAGACGAUAUGACCUCGAGGGAUUAUUACUUCGACUCGUAUGCCCAUUACGGCAUACACGAGGAAAUGUUGAAGGACGAAAUACGUACUGUAACUUACAGGAAUUCCAUGUAUCACAAUAAGCAUCUUUUCAAAGGGAAGACGGUUCUUGACAUUGGUUGCGGCACCGGUAUUCUCUCCAUGUUCGCGGCCAAGGCUGGCGCGGCUAAAGUCAUCGGUAUUGAAUGUUCUAAUAUCGUUGAAUACGCGGAAAAGAUUGUCGAGGCUAACAAUCUUUCCAAUAUUAUAACGAUACUUAAGGGUAAGGUCGAGGAAGUUACAUUGCCAGACGGAAUCGAGAAGGUCGACAUAAUAAUAUCGGAGUGGAUGGGCUAUUGUCUGUUCUACGAGUCGAUGUUGGACACGGUGCUUUUCGCGAGAGACAAAUGGCUCUGCGAGGGAGGUAUGCUGUUUCCCGACAAGGCGACUCUCUUCAUCUGCGGAAUUGAAGAUAGACAAUACAAGGAUGAAAAAAUCAAUUGGUGGGAUGACGUAUACGGUUUCGAUAUGAGUAGCAUAAGAAAAGUCGCGAUUAGUGAGCCCCUGGUAGAUGUUGUUGAUCCCAAGCAAGUUGUCACGAACGCAUGCCUAAUCAAGGAGGUUGAUCUUUACACGGUCAAGAAGACGGAUCUGGAGUUCUCGUCGCCGUUCACCCUACAAGUACGCAGAAACGACUAUGUGCAAGCGCUAGUUACAUUCUUCAACAUCGAAUUCACCAAGUGCCACAAACGUAUCGGCUUCAGCACAGCACCGGAAGUGCCAUACACACAUUGGAAGCAAACUGUCUUUUAUUUCGACGAAUACAUGACGGUGAAGAAGGGGGAGGAAAUAUACGGCGUUUUCUCGAUGAAGCCCAAUGCCAGGAAUUAUAGGGAUCUAGACUUCAGUAUCCAAUUGGACUUUAAAGGGGAAUUGUGCCAAGUACACGAAACUAACAACUAUCGUAUGCGCUGAUAUUCAGUGGAUUGUGUAACCUUUCUUCCCAUCCAUAGUUCAUGGAAAGCCAUUUAAUCAACCUCGAAUUACAAAAUUCUUUCUUCAUGUAAUGAAAAAACAAAAAAAAAAAAAACUCCCCCCCAAAAAAAGAAAAAACGACAAUUGGACAUUUGUGUACUGAUAAAUGGUAUAUUAAUGAGCUAUGUUUUUUUUUUUUUUUUGAAGUAUUGUAAGUUUAUCUUCAAUUUUAGAGAAUAUGGAAUGCUUCCUGAUUAGUUAUUUAAUGUGAAUGACUUACAGACACUCUCUCUCUUAUACUGGACGUGUCACGAUUCGGACACGAGCACAUUUGUAACAUUUGUAAACAUUUAGUCGCAUUUAUAAUAUUCUGAAUUGGAUUUGAAACGUGGUGUGAGAUAUACUUUAUCAUCACAAAAAAAAAAAAAAAAAAAAAAAAAAAAACGACAAGAGAGGAAGUUUUGC